AUGCAGGAUAGGGGGGGUAACGAGAGCGGACCUGCGGUGGUGACCGUACGGGUCACGCCUGGGCAGUACCCAUCACUGGUGACUGAACUCUGGAAAACCUUAAGGCUGGAUAAAGCAGAUGGCCCGCAAUUAAACAGCCUGCUUAAAUAUAAGCAACCUAAGAUUGCGACUUUACAUCCUCACCAUUUGGUCAAGAUGUACCGUUCCCGCACCGGGCUAUCUCCGCGCGCUGAGCGUUUGAAGAUACCAUGCAAAGCCUGCAUGUGCCCUAGUGUAUGGUUACAGCAAUCAGAUGCCGAACUGGGCGGUGUUCCGCCAGUUCUUUCUCCGUACGCGAAAUGCUUGAGGGGAGUUGCUAUUCGCUGGGAGCAUUGCCAUGCUGGUAGUCAGCUGUACGCGUGUUUCCCCACCUCUCUGGCAUACCAUAUUAGGCAUAGAAUGUCAACCGUAGUUGACGGAGAGCUAUCGCAUGGAUAG